AUGGCCGGUCUGGCCUCCCUCCCAAGAGAUGUUCUCGUUGAAAUCUUGUCCUACUUUUGUCUACAUUGUCGAGGCGAUCUAAGACCUCUCAAGGGUGUCGGAACCCUGCGCCAGCAAAAGCGGUGCCAGGAACCUCAGCAGCCCGACCAAAAGUCGUGGUACUCGAUCGAUAAAUAUACCUUGUUCUCUAUUGCGGUCUCUUGCAAAUCACUACAUGCUGUGGCAGAGGAUAUUCUGUACCAUGACUUUGCACCUGGCUAUGGAGACUCCGAGCUGUCCAAGUUUUAUACCUAUGGCAACAGACUGAACCAAUUCAUGCGCACCGUCGGAAGACGCAAAGACCUCGCUGACAGGGUUCGGCUCCUCUUCGUUCAUCCAAAACACUCCAAUGGGUCCGUAAAACGAAUCGUCCUGGCUUUGAGGCAAGGUGCCGCUGAUCUUGGCAUCGACAUUGCCGAAGCUUGGCGGCACCGGGCAGAGUGCUUUACGAAUUCUUGGGCGCUUGAGCAGAUCCAGAUGUUGGGACGACAGGAAGAGUAUCCAUUCAUGCUCAAUUCAGCCUUCACUGAUGAAAUCGAGGAGUAUCCACUUCUAAGCAGCAGCCGUCAGUAUUAUCUUGAGAGGGAUAUGGUUCCGAAAAAUUACUCAAUGACGGCGAAUAAACUGUACAGAGCUUUGCACCAUGAGCUCAUACCAAUGCUGAUUGCACUGCUCCCCAAGCUGAGUCACAUCAUUUACAAAUACAAUUCGGCGUUUCACAUGUUUGGACACGCCGCUCUUGACGCUCUAGGAGUGACAGAGCUCCCGUAUCUUCGGACAUUGGAGGUAGAUAAGGAUCUAUUUUCCAUUCUCAAACGGGCACCGAACUUGGACCAGCUUGACAUUACCGAAUCUCCCUUUCCAGAGAGGGAUGAAGGUUCAGGCGGCGGCCAGUCCAAGAUCAGAACCCUGCGGUUGGAAGAUACAUCAUCACCCUCAGAACUCAGCAAAGGACUAUCUUUCGCCGCCAAAGACCUUCGCUCGCUCAUUGUUGAGUCUAGUGGAGCAUUCUCAAUGCCCUGGGUUUCUGCAAAUGUUAUCGAAAAGAUGCGGGGUUUUCGGCACAGUUUGGAGACGUUACACCUGGAUCUUCGCGGCGUGAAAGUCACCUCCGACGGCCGCGCCUGCACGUUCCGAGACUUUGGGAAGCUUCAACGUGUCCUUAUCAACACGCGGCUUUUGUUUAAAAUUUCACCCGACCGUUAUUCAAUUACCCGGGUGUUACCGCCAUCGAUAGUAUCUCUGCACUUGGGCUGGGACGGUCUAGAGUUGGAUCGCACUGAAUGGGGGACCUUGCAGUUGAGAUUUGUGGCUGAGAGCGUAAAGCAGCAAAGAGAACUUAGUCACUUAGAACGGGCUUUACUAGAGCUUGCUAAUGUCAAAUCUGAAGGCUUUCAAGAUCUGAAGCAUAUUGGCCUCGACUGUUGGGACAAGAUGGAUGCAACCGUUCGUGAGGCCAUCUGUGAGGCGGGUAUUGAAUUUGUGCAAGAGACUUGGCCGCCCGCUUAUCAGAAAUGA